GGCGGCAGCCGCCCGCAGGACCCAGCCGAGCGACGCUUCAUUUCAUCUUUUCUGGAAUGGAGAUUUCUUCUCACCAGUUUCACCUCUUGCAGCAACUAAAUGAGCAGCGCAGGCAAGACUUAUUCUGUGACUGCAAUAUCCUGGUUGAGGGAAAAGUCUUUAAAGCACAUCGCAAUGUGCUGUUUGCCAGCAGCGGCUAUUUCAAAAUGCUCCUCUCGCAGAGCUCAAAGGAGACGAGUCAGCCGACGACAGCUACUUUCCAGGCAUUUUCUCCUGACACGUUUACAGUUAUUCUAGAUUUUGUGUAUUCAGGCAAACUGUCUCUCACUGGUCAGAAUGUCAUCGAAGUCAUGUCAGCUGCUAGCUAUCUGCAGAUGACCGAUGUUAUCAGUGUGUGUAAAACGUUCAUUAAGUCAUCGCUGGACAUCAGUGAGAAGGAGAAGGAUCGCUACUUCAGUCUGUCAGACAAAGAUGUAAAUUCAAACGGCGUGGACCGAUCCUGCUUGUACAGCGCAGGCUGGAGGGCAGAAAGCAGCCCCCCACAUUCGCACUUAAGUCCAGACCAAGGGACGUGUAUGAUGGGUGGAAACGCUUGGAGCAAUUUCAGCUACUAUCCGACUUCUCAAAGAAAUGCCCAGCAGCAGCUGUCCAAACAUGAGCAACGGCAGGAUUCCAUCAAGAAAUCCCGGCACCUGGGACUGCAGCAACCUUCUGACAUUCCUCACUAUAAAUCAAGCAAACUGGAGGACAGGGCUGCCGAGCCCGCUGGCCAUAUCGCUCAGUCUGAGGAGCAGGUUCAGAUUGAAACAGAAGUUGAGUCUCCUCACGUGGGAUACCAGUACGGCCAAGGGUCUGACGUGAUACCGAGGAGUUUGGCUGUGUCACAGCAGGAGCACGAAUCACCCCGUUCUUCUAGUAAAUCGAAGUCUUCAAAAGCAGACGAGCAGUACGCGAGCAUGCCCUCCAUUCUAGGCGUCAUGGGAAGCUGGGCUGAAGAUGAUCUGCCCAGGAUGAGGUUCAAGUGCCCAUUCUGCACUCAUGUGGUGAAAAGAAAAGCAGACCUAAAGCGUCACCUUCGCUGUCAUACAGGAGAGCGCCCUUACCCUUGUGAGGCAUGUGGGAAAAGAUUUAGCAGGCUAGAUCACCUAAGUAGCCAUUUUCGAACAAUUCAUCAGGCUUGUAAGCCUAUCUGCAGAAAGUGUAAACGCCACGUGACGGAGCUAACAGGACAAGUGGUGCAGGAGGGGACAAGACGUUACAGACUCUGUAAUGAGUGUUUGGCUGAAGCUGGCAUAGACAGUAUUCGCAUUGACUUGGAGGCUGAAGCACCCCUUGAAUUUCCACAAGAUGGGGAUAAGGAUUCCAGGUGGCACUAUGGGGAAGACAACAGAUCCGAUGUGGAGAUUGUGGAGGAUGGGUCAACCGACUUGGUCAUUCAGCAAGUUGAUGACAGUGAGGAUGAAGCAGACGAAAAGGAAGUAAAACCAAAUAUUAGGUAGUUGCAAGACAAGAAUUAGGAAUUCUGUGUAAGAGGGAGAAUGUACUGUCUUGACCAUAAGCCCUCCACCAGCCUGUUGUUAAUCGUACAGAGACGUACUGGUUUCUCUUGAACAGGUCCAGACUUGCAUGUAUUUAUGGACAUGCCAUUGAGUCAGUUCUGAGUUUUGUUAUCAGAAUACCCAUACUUUGCUUCAUUAGAAAGAAUCCAUCCUUAAAUGAAAUAACGGAUGAACAAGGACACUGAAGUACUACAUGGAUAACUUUUUAUAGUAGACAAUGGGUCACUUCUCAAAACCUCUUUCAAGGGAGUGAGGUCUAAAUACUUUAAAAAAAAAAAAAGUCACACAGCACUAUAAAUUGCCCACUUUUUAAACUUCUAGAGAUGUGGGUUUGGUAUGUAAUAUCAUCUGGCGAUAAACAAAGUAUAAAUACCCCACACACCAGAAUAUAACGAAAACCUCUCUUCAGUAUUCAGAAACGAAGAUAAUCUUCCACAGAAUUUCAUGAAGUCUUCAUAAUAUGAUAAAGAAAAAAGGCAGCUAAUUAAGAAAAAGCAUAUAGAAAUGUUUUAGCACAUUCGUCUGGAAAAAGCACUUUCUUGUAAAAUUUAUUAGAAUAAGGAGAAUCUUUAGCAGAUCAUUCAAGACCUAUUUCUUUACAAGAAAAUAAACACAUGAAUGCUAGUCCUAGUCAACCCAUCAGAGAUAAAAUGAUUACAAAUAUGGAUCAUUAAUUGA